UUGAGAGAUUAGAAACAAAAACGACGAGGACAAAGGCUGGGAAAGAGGACUGAACUGCAACUGGAUGCCUAGUCCCAAUAAUGUCCAUGGCGGAUGCAUUGCUGUCCGCUCCAUUGCCCAUUCGUCAUCGUCUUCUCCGAAAUGCAAUCAUUCUCAAUCUUCAAUUUCAGGGAGAAAAUCGAAUUUGGCGGUAGCAGACGAUGCAAUUUGUGGUUCGCCGGUUUGGAGGGGAAAAACUCUAACCUGCGUUUGUUUUAAGCGGAAUGGAAACAGUGCUCGUGACGAGAGGUUACAGAGGUUAAGACAACGUGCUAAAGUUCAUUUCGAUGCUUCAAGACCACAGCAUCAGGAUGCAUUGAGGGCCUUAUGGUCUGCUACAUACCCCAGGCAGGAGCUUCACGGCUUAAUUUCUGAUCAAUGGAAAGAAAUGGGUUGGCAGGGAAAAGAUCCAUCCACGGACUUUAGGGGAGCGGGUUUCAUUUCUUUGGAGAAUUUGCUGUUUUUCGCAAAGACGUUUUCGAUCCUAUUGAGGAAGCAAUCAGGCAAAAGGGCUAUUUGGGAAUAUCCAUUUGCUGUUGCUGGUGUAAAUAUAACAUUUAUGAUCGUGCAAAUGCUUGAUCUAGAUGCCAAAAACGAAUGGGCGUUCGACAUUCUAUAUUGUGUGGCGUUCAUGAUUAUGGACAAAUUAUGGCUCGACAAAAACGCAACAUACAUGGAGUUCAAUGAUAUUUUGAAGUCGACACGAUUGCAGCUGGAGAGAGAAUUUCUGAUGGAUGAUGUGAUACGAAUUGAGGACAUGCCUUCAUAUAGCCUUUUGUGUUAGUGGCCUUUUAACCUUAGUUACAUUACACUACACACAGCAGAAUUUUGAGUUGUCAACAUAUUUACACUCAGUCUAAUUUUGAUUUUUGACAGUGCAAUUUCAAAUUGCAGCAGCAUUCAGAACAUUGUAACUUUUUGCUUUUUUUUUUUUUUUUUGNGACAUUGAAAUUAAUAUGGGAAUGCAGAUUGCACUGAUACUAUGUAUACACAGUUAUGAUUAAUCUUUAUUUAUAAUCCAAUAUUUUAUCAGCUGCAUAGCCAGA